CACUCUCUCCUUCCUCUUUACACCUCCCAUUUCCAAUCCUCUCUCUCUCUCUCUCUCUCUCUCCCUGUUCUCUUCUUUCUUCACGAUCUGUUUCUCUCUCAUUCUCAUUCUCUGCACAUGCUUUUGUUUUUCCUCCUGAAAACCUCCCCAUCCACAUCUCUCUCUCUCUCUCUCUCUUUUCUCUCUCUUCCAAUUUAUUGUUUUCUGGUUGGUGUGUGUAGAUACUGUGUGUCAGAGUUUAACUAAAAAUUUUCCUUUUGUCUUUCUGAAACUCAGAGGUGUCCCUUCCUGUCAGAACCCAAUAUCUCUCCUCACCCAUCAUAUAUCUCUCCUUACAAACCCUAAUUACCUCCAUGAAUCACCACCGUCCUUCCCUCAAGUCUAGGUUUACAAGACGCUUUCUUCCCGCCCUCAUCGAGAUUACUAAACAACCCCUCACUUCCAUAGCCUCCUCAUCCUCUCCAAACCAACUCUUUCGACGAUACAACAGGGUCAAGAUCGCCGCUGACAAGUCCAUGGUUCGGGCAGUCGGGUCAAAGCGAGCUUGGACACGGGCUCUUCUUUUCAAGAUCAGGAAUCAAGCACGCCGCCGGGGUUUAGCCAGGAGGAUCAGAAGCCAGUCUUUGAUGAUCAAGAGGUCAACAAGUAUUAUUGCUUCUACUACUUGCGGGAAAGAUGAGAAGAAGGAGGAAGACGAUGAUAGGGUUGAGCAAGUGGAGGAGCUUCGGAAGCUGGUGCCCGGAGGUGAAGCCAUGGAUUUGUGCAGGUUGUUGGGUGAGACAGCACAUUACAUAAAGUGUCUUAAUACUCAAGUUCAGGAGUAGAUUAAAUUCAGGAAGCUUCAAUAAGGUGAGAGACACACACAUAUUUAAGUACAUGAUAUGAUCAUCAUCUCUUUGCAUUCUGAUCAGAAAAGUAAUUAAUUAUAUAUAAACUUCCUUCAUACAUGUAUGUGUAUACCUAUACAUACAAAUUAAACCAUUCACAGGGAAAUCAAAGAUUGCAAGAAACAAAAAAGAGAUUAAAGAGAGAAGGGUAUAAGAAAAGUAAACUAAAUGAUGAAUAUAUAUAUAUAUAUGUAUAUAUUGGUAGAUAUAAUUAUAUAUGAUCUAGCGGAGUUUGUGUUGGGUGUGUUUAGGGUUGUCAUGCAUUUGCUUGUAAAAAGUGCUGACCUAAUCAUUCCUCUAUGUCGACUUUCCCUUCUCCAUGCCUACUGGCUACUGUGUUUAAACCUUUAAAUUCUUAAAUCAAUAACUCAUCAAAUCAGUUUUUUUUUCCUGUCUAAUUAAUUUGUUUCUUAUUGUGUUUUUGCAAGUAAUCCAAAAUUGUGCAUCAGUUUGGAAUCCAAUCAAUAAAGCGGAAAACUCUAAUCAUUUUGUGGUCAACAAUCACUAGAAUUGUGUCUUUUCCAAUCCACUACUGUACAGAUUGAUUUAAAUCCCUCAUACAUGCAUAAAGUGCUUCUCCUGCAA